AUGCCGAAUGAAUCCGUUUGGGUGAGUCUUGCCUAUAUGAGUCUCGGAGUGUUCGGAUUCGUUUGUAAUGCAUUAGUUGUGGCAAUGAUCUCGACAGUUCCGGCCUAUCACAAAUCUGCCUAUAUUUUGAUGGCUAAUAUAGCGGUAGCCGAUGCAGUUCAAUCACUUAUUGUCGGUUGUUAUACGGGUUUCGUGCUCGUCACACAGGCGAUCACAAUGAAACACAGAGAGCUGACAGGUAACUCUACAUUGAUCAGUGAAACCGAGUCAAUGGUCGGCAAUCGAUUUAUUUGUGUAUUAACAAUCACCGCCUGGUUUGUAAUGAUCUACACUUACGGAGUACUUGGAGUAAAUCGAUGUGUAUCCACUUGUUUCUAUAAGACUAAACUCCGGAAAUUCAACCGUCUUCGUUGGACACAAUAUAUGAUGGUUGUUGUUUGGGUUGUAUCCAUUGCAGGAGGUAUUGCCGCUUCAUUUCCCGAGCCAAUCAUCGUUGUUCAACUCCAUAUCUGGACGAUGAGAUUCGUCAACUUCAGCACUAGAUCACAGGCUUUCAUCCUGUUCAACAUUGUUGUCAAUGCCGCAUCGAUUUGUCUCCAAUGGGUGUGCUCGAUUUUUGUCCUCUGCACGGUUCGAUCAAUCUCAAAAAGGAUUUCAAAUCACUCAAUCAGUUCGGCCAAAGUGCGACGAUCGCAAAAACAGGCUCGUCUCUCCUUCCAAUUCUUCUAUCCAUCAGUCGUUUGUACCCUCUCUUCAAUCAUGUUCUUUUCAAUGCCUCUUUAUGCACAUUUAAUGACCCGAUGGCAUUUUUUGAUAUCCCAUUUAGUAUGGUUAAUAAACCAUUUGUGUAAUCCAAUCAUUUACGCCUAUUUCAAUGGACGAAUGCGCGAGACAAUGUCAUUAUGGUUGAGAUGUGAACACGACAAUGGUAAUAGUGUUGUCGAGAAGGGGAAAAAUCAGACAACUUAUGGACAAAGUUGUGGAACAGAUGGAAGAAAAAGUACAAGGGAUCAAACAAUCACUCUUCUCAACUCAUCGAGCGCAAAGAAGUUCAGUCUUCCUUCCUUGAGGAUUCACAAUGCAACAACAAGAGGCACUCCUCGUUCCAACAAAGCUCCAUCAUUGGACGUCGGGAAUGUCAGCACAACUCCUUUUCCCAUUCAUGAAGAACCCCAAGAAAAAGCAAGAAAAUUAACAUUU